CAGAGGAGCGGAGGAAACCAGGAAUACGAAUGUGACUCCGUGGAGGUCAGAGCCGUCACCUGGCACCUGCAGCGGAGCCGGAGCGGACAGGUGAGCACCAGGUGGGGACCCAGCACACACAGCCAUGGCUCUGUCGCAGUGUUUGGAUGACUGUCCUCUGAGCCUGACUCCAAAGCGCACCGGGACCGGGGACCUGAACCUGCAGGAGGUCUACAACGAGCGGCACCGGCUGGCCCUGGAGGAGCUGCUGGCGGGAGGAGUCGACCACUUCCUGGGAUUCCUCGCCAAGGAGCGGAUCCCCAACUUUCUGUCAGACGAGGAGAUCCAGCGGAUCCGGAGCAGCGCCGUGCUGUCCCGGUGCGCCUCGGUGCCCGGGGAGGAGCCCUCGCUGGAGCAGUCGAUCAGCAGCUCCCUGGACUGCUCCUCCGUCACCUACUUCCCCGAGGUGUCGGACGUGGAGCCGCCGCUGCUGGAGAUCGGCUGGCCCGCCUUCACCGCGGGCUCCUACCGGGGAGUCACCCGGGCCGUGGCUCACUUCCAGCCCAGCUACGGGGAGUGCAUCUACAGCUGCAAGGAGGCGGCGAGGCGCAUGAUCAAAAGUGCCAGAGAGGUGAUUGCCAUAGUUACAGACUCCCUGACAGACCUGGAUAUCUUCAGAGAUCUUCAGGAGGCUUGUUCUCAACGCAGCGUCCCUGUCUACAUCCUGUUGGACCAAUCAUGUGCUCCUGCUUUCCUCAAGAUGUGCAGAAAUGUCGGUGUUCAUCUGGACGACCUUCGGCAAAUGAGAGUUCGAACCAUAACCGGUACGACUUACUACAUGAGAUCAGGAGCGAGGAUAACUGGGGAAGUUCACGAGAGGUUCAUGCUGAUUGAUGGAAACAGAGCCGCUACAGGUUCCUACAGGUUCAACUGGACUGAUGGCAAACUAAACAGCAGCAAUCUUAUCGAGCUUUCUGGCCAGAUAACAGAGAAGUUCGAUGAGGAGUUCCGCAUCCUCUACGCCCAGUCUCUACCCAUAAACACCCGAGGACCUCCAAGUGUCCGAAACAGCGGCAUCUAUGAGAAGCUCCUCAUCAGGCACUCGGUCACCUCCUCCCCUCACUUGGCCAGAAAGAGGCUUAUGGAUUCUGUGUGCCUGACCAGCACGCCCAGCCGCGAGCCCCAAACCUUAGCGGUGCAGCAGCUCACACUUGAUCCUUCAACUCCAGAUCGCCGUAAAUCCAGCCUAGUGUCGGACUCCUCCGUUAUAGGUGAGGACUGGAUGGGGCAGCAUCACAUGGAGGAAGAGGAGAUCCUGGCUGGUAGCACGACUCAGCCUUCACCCGCAGAGCAGCUACCAGGGAAAGAACCAGCGAUACCCAGCACCGUCUCCUGCCACGCCUCCACUCAGACCAGCAGGUCAGUGACGGACAGUGACACCCAGACGGACCUCCAGCUCACACGCCACCCCGGCAUCAUCACACAGGCAAGCACAGGACAGAACCAGGACGCCUCUCGAUCCUUUUCGCAGUCCAGACAGAUCUCGCCCACCCAGGCAGCUCCAGAAGACACCUUGAAGGACUCUUUCCACAAGCUGACCAAGGAGCGCCAGCACCACUACUCCACCAUCCGCUCCAGGCUGGAACACAUGAUGACCACACUGUCCCAGAGGCGAGAGCUAGCAGACGUCACAAACAUGACUCAGGGGCUUGGCGCUCACAGCAGGCAGGGGGCACACAAAGACUGGGAGGAGCAACAGAACCCCAGACUGCUUGUUGAAAGUGCGGGCAAGGGCACGUGGCCAAGAGCCAGAUGUGUACACUAGUUUUCCUGCAGGGUUUUCGAUGAUGGGGGGGUGGACAAAGAGCUCUUGCAAGGUUUCUAGUGGAUCUUCUGUUUCAUAUAAACGCUUUUGGCUCACGCAGCUUUUUUUUUCCAUUUGCCUUUUUGCUUUGCCCACUUUAGACGUUUUCAUGCUGUGUCCUGUCCAUGUCAAAUCAAUUUUUGGGGAAAUUAUAAUGCAUGGCUGAAAGUGAUUUUGCAAACAUUAAUUGUGACCAAAGACACUGUGCAAUAAUAUUUUUUGACCAUGUCAGUUUAAUGAAUAUCAUUUGCUGAAGAGGUUAAGACUGGAAAAUAUUUACUGUAGUGUGAAUGAAAAUGCAUGUUUUGGUGAUAUCACGUUUGACUGCUGUAGCCACAUCUGAUCCUCAUUCCAGAGAGCAGCUGGCUCUCACUGUGCCUUGCUAAUAAAUGAAAAAAGUAUUUUUUUCUAAAU